CAGUCGGGAUGCCUCCGAGGACGCCAUGGACGGCACCGCCGCGCCGGCGGCCCCGCCGGACCCGAGCGCGCAGACCCUGGCGGUGUUCCUGGAGGAGGUGGCCUUCUUCCUCGAGGACAUGGAGCAGGACCUGUGGUGGCUGUGCCGGGCGGCGCACCAGCCGGUGGUCCCGCCGGUGGUCCUCGGGAACGAGGAGCUCCAGAGGGUGGACGAGGCCGUGGAGAGCGCCAUCGAGCGGCUCCGUGAGCGGGCAGAGAGCCACGCGGAGUCCCACGCCAACCAGGUGGGAGGAGGAGCUCAAAUUCCCGCAGGUGACUUCGGAAGAGCGCGCGGUGCUCUCCGCGGUCAGGGGCCUCAAGUUCCACUGCAAGGGCCGCGUGGAGGUCUUCCCGUGCAUGAAGGAGGCCAACAACAGCGCCGUCUGGGGCGCGUUCUUCAAGGAGGUCUCGUCCAGUAACCCGUGCUGGAUGGUGCGGUCCGACGGGCCUGGGCAGAACAUGGUGCCGGCGCAGUGCGUCGCGAUUGUGCCCGUGCAUGUCAACAAGAGCAAGAAGGAGAUCAAGCUGUUCAACGUAUGGUGUCCGGAGAAGAAGAAGCGGCACUGGUCCUUCCCCGGCGGGGACGUCGUGCGAGGCACCGACCGGAAUCUGUUCGACACCGCCCGCCGGGUGUUCGAGGACGAGGUCGGGGUCUUCUUCGGGCUCUCCUGGCGCGAGUGCUUCGUUUGCGAGCUGCCGCAGGAGUGGUCCGAGGCGGCAGACGCGGCCGCCGUCUGCCUCUCCGUCCAGCUGGACACCACCGGCCCCAAGUACCCGUGCCGGCCCUACUUCUUCGUGCAGGUGACCGAGGACUUCUACGAGACCACGCGCGCGUACGAGGAGGCGAGUGGGGUGAUCCGCAUGCCGCAGCCCCAGGGCGCCUUCGUGCGCUGGGACGAUGCCGAGCCCAAGGAGUCCGCCCGCCAGGUGCACCUCGAGGGCGCCCGCUUCCUGCAGCACGACGAGGCCUGCUGGGUGAAGCUGGAGUACGAGACGGGCAGGAUGUGCACCGACGACGGGCGCCAGGUGCGGAAGGAGAACGCCGACCUCAUGAAGCUGCAGGACGAGAAGGUCUACAAGUACCUCGCGGACCUCUGCGGGCUCGACCCCGUGGUGAGGUGCUCGGCGCUGCCCCAGGACCUCCCCGACGACGGCCCCUUCGCCGUGCGCGUGAGCGGGAUCGACAAGACCGCCACCGACGACGACAUCCGGGCGUUCUUCGAGGAGAGCAGCGUCGCCUGCCAGAGGAUCGAGCAGUUCGAGGUCCCCAAGCACACUGCCCGGGUCGACUUCCCCGACAGGCAGUCCCUGGAGAUGGCGCUGCAGCUCAACAACCGGAACCUUCUCCGGCGCAAGGUGAAGGUCGAGCUCUGGUCGGACGACGGCGGAGACGCCACCAGCGCGGCCCCCUCGGCGGCACGGCCGCUGAAGCCGUACGAUGGGCCGCUGCCAGACAGCCCCCCGUUCAAGAUCUACAUCCGGGGCCUGGACAAGAAGUGCACCAGGGACGACCUGGGCUACUUCUUCUGGGACCGGGAGUGCCAGGUGAAGGACGUCGACUACCCCCUCAAGAGGGAGAGGCACGCGGGCAUCGUGGAGUUCGAGAACGUCGAGUCGCUGAAGACCGCAAUGGGUCUAAACCAGGCCGUGUUCCAGGGCAGGGAGCUCGCCAUCGACUUCCCCCAGAACAUCACCGAGCGGCCCGCCGAGAGGGGCGGCGGCGGCGGCGGGUUUGGAGGCGGAGGCGGCCGCGGCAAGGGCGGCGGCAAGGGCAAGGGCGGCGGCGGCGGCUUUGGGGGCGGCGGCGGCGGCCGGGACCGUGGGGACCGCGGGGACCGCGGGGACCGCGACAUGGGCCGCGACCGCGACCGGGACCCGCCCAGCCGGGCGGACUUCGGCAGCGAGCGCCCGCGGCUGGCGCUGCAGCCGCGCACCAAGCCGCGCCCAGGAGAGCCCGGCUACGUGGAGCCAGGAGAUUUCCGCAGGGGGCACCUCCCGUGCGCCACCACCGUGCCUGGCCAGGGGCAUCUUGGGCCCCAGGAUCGUGUAUAG